UUCAGCACACAUUUAAUCACUUUUUUGACGGGCUUGUCAAAUUCUUACUCUGUCUUACACACUCUCUCACACACAGAUAACCUCUUCGUCUUCCCCUCCAAAUCCAAUUGUUUAGGGUUUGAUCUUGUAGGCAAGGAGGGUGAGAAGAAGCAUUCAAAAUUGGUGAUGGAGUCUUCUUCUUCUUCUUCUUGUGAACUCAAUUUUACCUUCGCUUUCAACGAUGUGCAUUACUCCGAUAAGCUUCUCCGUAUUGAGAUCAUUCCCGACCCGGUUUGUGCUUCAUCUCAACCCAAAUCAGAUCAUUACUCCGACAGGGUUCGCCGCCACCGUAAGCGGAAAGGCCGCCGAAACUUCAUCAUCAACUCUGCUCGCCACCGUAAGAGGAAACUCCAAAAAGUUUUGAAGGGGAAUCAACCUGAUAUGGAUGAUGGUAAGCGGAAACGCCGCCAAAACUUCAUCAUCAACUCUGCUCGCCACCGUAAGAGGAAACGCCAAAACGUUUUGAAUGGGAAUCAACCUGAUAUGGAUGAUGGUCAGCGGAAACGCCGCCAAAACUUCAUCAUCAACUCUGCUCGCCACCGUAAGAGGAAACGCCAAAAAGUUUUGAAUGGGAAUAAACCUGAUGAUGAGACUUGUGUAAUCCCUUCUUCUGGCGAUGAAGUUGCAAACAUCAGUGAUUCAAAUUGCUCUGCAGCUACCGUUGUUCGAGUUAAAACACUGCAUAUCAGUUCUCCUAUACUAGCUGCUAAGAGCCCUUUCUUUUUUAAGCUUUUCUCAAAUGGGAUGAGCGAGACAAAGCAAAGACAUAAGACAAAGCAAAGACAUAUCUCCCUCAGGAUUUAUGCAUCUGAAGAAACUGCUUUCAUGGAGCUACUGCAAUUUAUGUAUAGCAAUACCUUGAAUAUUACGACAGCACCUGCUUUGCUGGAUGUGCUUAUGGCUGCUGAAAAAUUUGAAGUGUCUUCAUGCAUGAGAUACUUGAUAAAUUCGCCUAUGACACCUUACUCUGCAUCACUCUACCUGGAGCUUCCUCGCACCGUUGAUGCAGUUCUACCGCUGAUUGAUGCGGCAAAGCAGUAUCUUGUGGGUCGAUACAAGAAUAUAACCAUGGAAAGCUUUCAAGAAGAGCUUAUGGCCUUGCCUCUUUCUGGAAUAGUGGAAAUCUUGGCUAGUGAUGAUCUCCAGGUUGAAUCAGAAGAUAUUGUAUAUGACUUUGCAUUAAAUUGGGUUAGACAAAAGUACAAAUGCCAGGAAGAAAGGAGAAAAGUUAUUCAUACAGAGCUUGCGCUUUUAAUUCGCUACCCUUAUAUGACACGCCAAAAGCGUAAGGACCUUAUAAUUGACUUUGAAAAAGAGGGUGUAUUUAAGCUUUUACUCCAAAAACUAGAGAAUCACUUUUGCAUACUGUCAGCGGGAAAGCACUUUCCCCUGAACCGUUGUUGUGUGCCAAGGGCAUAUAAGGGUGUGAUGCACAUGAGUUUGACACGAGAAGAUUGGGUCACCAUGUUCCCAACUGGCAAUUUGUUUUCUGAGGCCUUCCCUUUUGGUGGACGAAUGUUUGUUCUAUUAGCAUCAUGCUCCGAGGCGAAACAUGAUUCUUCCGAUGGCUUUGGGUUAGCGGUGGGAAUGAGGAAAGGCUGCAAAGGGGGAAGCAUUGAUGCAGACUUUGAACUUGCUGUAAUGUUGAGGCCAACAAAGAAGUUUGCAACCAUGUACACUUCCAAUUUCACAUUUAGCCCAGGGAACCUUUGGGGCUCUCAACACCUCUUUAAUGUUCCGUGGACUUCGUUCAUUGCUGAGGACAGUCCAUUCUUCAUCGGAGGUUCUCUCCACCUUAGGGCCGAGCUCACAAUUAGCCGAGCUGAUAAUUAGACAUUGAUCUUAACUACAAGUUACAAGGCCCAUGCAUUGAUAAAUGGUGGUUUUAAUUUAUUAUGUAAACAUUUGAAAAAUAAUUAUUAUUUAAAAUAUGAGAUAUAUUAGGAUGAUUUUUGUACGAACAACUAUAAUUAUUUGUCCAUUAUAUGGAGGUGAUGGCAUUGAAUCAAA